UUUGCAUAUGAUUGUGUCUCGUUUUACGUUUUUCAGCAUGGCUGUACAUACUUGACUGUGGAUCUCUUAGCCUGUAAAAAACCUUCCAGUUCGCGUUUCCUCCAAUAAGAAUCAGGAACAUUGGCUUGCCUGCCCAUCGCUGCACACAAACAAUAAGGGGUGUGUCACAAAUAUUCUUGGUUUCUGCAAAGUCCUGCGUCGUCCAGCCACUGGCGAUUGACUGUCCCCUAAUCCUAUAUCCACAUCCGUCCUCGGUUUGCGACGUGAGGUGCCUCUCAAGUAAUGGCAAAGCCACUGACCGACCACGAGAAGAGAAGACAGAUCAGUGUCAGGGGCAUUGCAGGGCUCGGCGAUGUCGCGGAAAUAAAGACCAACUUCAACAGGCAUCUCCACUUUACUCUGGUGAAGGAUCGCAAUGUUGCCACACCAAGAGAUUAUUAUUUCGCCCUGGCACAUACCGUCAGAGACCACCUGGUUGGGAGGUGGAUACGCACCCAACAGUAUUACUAUGAAAAGGACCCAAAGCGAAUCCACUACCUGUCUCUGGAGUUCUACAUGGGCCGGACCCUUCAGAACACCAUGAUAAACCUUGGCCUUCAGAACGCGUGCGAUGAGGCAAUAUACCAGCUUGGUCUGGACCUGGAAGAACUUGAAGAGAUCGAGGAAGAUGCUGGGUUAGGCAACGGAGGGCUGGGCCGCCUGGCAGCUUGCUUUCUGGACUCUAUGGCCACCUUGGGCCUGGCUGCCUACGGGUAUGGGAUCCGCUAUGAGUUUGGCAUCUUCAAUCAGAAGAUUGCCAACGGGUGGCAGGUGGAGGAGGCUGAUGAUUGGCUGCGCUAUGGCAACCCCUGGGAGAAAGCCCGGCCUGAGUACAUGCUCCCGGUGCAUUUCUUUGGCCACGUGGAGCACACCGCAGAAGGAGCCAAGUGGGUCAACACUCAGGUUGUCCUGGCGAUGCCCUACGACACCCCCGUGCCUGGGUACAAGAACAACACGGUCAACACCAUGAGGCUGUGGUCAGCCAAAGCCCCCAAUGACUUCAACCUCAAAGAGUUCAAUGUCGGGGACUAUAUUCAGGCCGUACUGGACAGGAACCUCGCCGAAAACAUUUCCAGGGUCUUGUACCCCAACGACAAUUUCUUUGAGGGGAAGGAGCUGCGUCUGAAGCAGGAGUACUUUGUGGUGGCCGCCACCUUACAGGACAUCAUCAGACGCUUCAAGUCCUCCAAGUUUGGUUGCAGAGACCCUAUCAGGACGUCUUUCGAGACCUUCCCCGACAAGGUAGCUAUCCAGCUGAAUGAUACCCACCCGGCCCUCGCUAUCCCGGAGCUCAUGCGCAUGCUGAUAGAUAUGGAGAAGCUGGACUGGGACAAGGCAUGGGAGAUAACCACCAAGACGUGUGCCUACACGAACCAUACAGUUCUCCCAGAGGCCCUGGAGCGUUGGCCUGUGACCAUGUUUGAACACCUCCUGCCCCGGCACCUCCAGAUCAUCUAUGAGAUCAACCACCGCCACCUGGAGAAAAUCAAAGCGCUGUUCCCAGGGGACGACGAUCGCUUGAGGAGGAUGUCCCUGAUCGAGGAAGGAGACCCCAAGAGGAUCAACAUGGCUCACCUGUGUGUGGUAGGCUCCCACGCAGUCAACGGAGUCGCUCAGAUCCACUCCGACAUUGUCAAGAGCACUGUCUUCAAGGACUUCCAUGACGUAGAACCGGAGAAAUUCCAGAACAAAACCAACGGAAUCACACCUCGCCGCUGGAUGUUGCUAUGCAACCCUGGCCUGGCAGAUCUCAUUGCUGAGAAAAUUGGAGACGAAUUCAUGACUGACCUUUAUCAGCUGAGGAAGCUGGUGGACUUUGUUGACGACGAGGCCUUCAUUCGUGACAUUGCCAACGUUAAGCAGGAGUGCAAGCAGAAGCUUGCAGCGUACCUGGAGAUUGAGUACCAGGUGAAGAUCAAUCCUGAGUCCAUCUUUGACAUCCACGUCAAGCGGAUCCAUGAGUAUAAGAGACAGAUCCUCAACUGCCUGCACAUUAUCACUCUCUACAACCGCAUUAAAAAAGAUCCAAACAAGCACUUUGUCCCAAGAACCGUCAUGCUUGGAGGAAAGGCUGCCCCAGGAUACCACAUGGCGAAGCUGAUCAUUAAGCUGAUCACUUCUGUGGGGAGGGUGGUGAAUAAUGACCCUGUCGUGGGCGACAGGCUGAAGGUGAUCUUCCUGGAAAACUACAGGGUGUCGCUGGCAGAGAAAGUGAUCCCGGCGGCUGAUCUCUCGGAGCAGAUCUCCACGGCGGGCACGGAGGCCUCUGGGACGGGCAACAUGAAGUUCAUGCUGAACGGCGCCCUCACCAUCGGCACCAUGGACGGCGCCAACGUGGAGAUGGCAGAGGAGGCGGGCGAGGAGAACCUCUUCAUCUUUGGCAUGAGGGUGGAGGAUGUGGAGGCCAUGGAUCGGAAGGGGUAUAACGCCAAAGAAUACUACGAGCGACUCCCAGAGCUGCGGCAGGUGAUCGAUCAGAUCCACACUGGAUUCUUCAGCCCCCAGGAGCCCGAGCUCUUCAAGGACGUGGUCAACAUGCUGAUGGAUCAUGACCGGUUCAAAGUGUUUGCUGAUUAUGAGGAAUACAUCGCCAGUCAGGAAAAAGUGAAUGACCUUUACAAGAACCCAAAGGAAUGGACCAAGAAGGUCAUCAGGAAUAUCGCAGCUUCUGGCAAGUUCUCCAGCGACCGCACCAUCUCCGAGUACGCCAGGGAUAUAGGGGCGUGGAGCCGUCCGACGUCAAGAUCCCUCCUCCAAACGAGCCACGCUACAGCGAAGAUGCCUGAGAACAAGUCCUGCACUAUCCUCUUCCUCCUUUCUCUCGUCGUCUUCCUCUUCUUCUCUCAUCACUCCCCCAGUAUCCCAGUCAGACCAGCGAGUCGAGUGGACAACACUUUAACAGACCCAACAAGCCUGUUAGAAAGUUGCCUUACUGCACUUAACCUUUUGUCUUUUAACUUUGAAAAAUAAUGCACCUUCACUUCGUCUUGUGUCCUUAUGCAGUGGGCGGCUUCCAUGUGCCUCAUCCUUUUGUACAUCAGCUGCCAGACGCAUCGUGCAAUUACAAACAUUAGGAUCAUUAUGAAAUGACACGACAUCCUUGGUGACAAUGGUGACGCUAAAGAAGUCAUUCAAGCGUCUAAAACAGCAACACUGUAAAUUAAACAUAGUGAGGAGUAUCCCAUUUUUUGUGUAGACGUCAGUUGGAUUUUGUAACCAUUUUGAGUGACCGCAUGAAUUAGGAAACCUUUAUUUCUUUAAGAGGUCCAAGUUUCUACAUUGUGUGACAUCACGUGUGAUGCAUCAGGACAGUCUACUGUGAUCUUGCACACAUGUCGGAUUAGCAACAUGCUUGGGGCAGCUCAAUCAAGUCCGAGACAUUUGGUAUGAAUUACUGAAAAGUAUCAUCCAAAACGUCAGCAUUUUACUUUCACCCUUUGUCUUAUUCGUGCCGUGCCUGACCUAUACAGAUCAGGUGAACCCCAGAGCGACCUUUUCAGAGGCACAAGCUGUGUCUGUCAAUUGGUAGCAGCAAGUAUAAGGUUGUUUGUCCUUCACCUCGAUGUAUGGAAUCAUUUUGAUAUAUUAUGGUCAGAUUUAACACUGAUAUAAAAAUAAAGACUGUAUAAAUAUUA